CGACAAAAGACGUGGUUCAUGUCUUCAUGUUAUCUGACUUUCCUCCAUCACCUCCUUCUCUCUCUCUCUCUCUUCUUUGCUUUCCCAUAACAUAACUCUUUUUCUUUCUCUCUUUUUCUCUGUCUGUGAUCUUAUCUAUCUCUCCUUUUAAUUAUUCACUCACCCCUUUACACUGCUUGAUGCUAAAAAACAUGGUACCCUCUAUUGUUGGUUGUUGCUGAUACUCCUCAUACUCACAACUAGGUGCCUAGCAACAGCAUGUGAGGGAAGGAGCCUGCAGAUUUAUCGUACUGUACUAUGGUUUGUUAUGCAAUGGUAUCAUGGUAAGCUGAGUAACGGAUUUGUUCCACCCAAGUGCCUUCUGGGAAAAAAGUGAACUCUUAACAGGUCCAUACAACAUGAUGACUCCAAACUUGAACUUGGAACCUGAAAAUCAUUCAGAAGGAAGUAGCCAGGUGGCAUCCAAUGUCUCCUUGCAUGAAGCAUCUUAUGAUCUUACAAAGGGCAGCACCACCACUUCCUCCUGUCUGACAAAGGAUGAAACUGAUCCAGGUUCUGUUACCCUUGACUUGACACUCAACUUCAAUUCCAGUGAUAGUGAGUUGAAAGGUUCUAGUGAUGCUAGCAGUGAAGUGGGAGCUGAACCUCCUGCUUCAGCAUCAGCAACUCCCAGGGUUUUUUCUUGUAACUACUGCAGGAGGAAGUUCUAUAGUUCGCAGGCAUUAGGAGGCCAUCAAAAUGCUCACAAAAGGGAGAGGACAAUGGCUAAGCGUGCAUUGAGAAUGGGAAUGUUCACUGAGAGGUACACAAGUUUGGCAUCUCUACCUCUUCAUGGUUCACCUUUUAGGUCUCUUGGUCUUGAAGCUCAUUCUGCAAUGCACCAAAGACACGUCUCAUCCUCACUGAGAACUCCUGAUAUGAGAGCCGCUGCAAGAUUUGAGAGAAACCAUUUUGGAUCGCUGGUUUUCAUGGAAGAUGAUGAUGUUGGAUUGUUUUGGCCUGGAAGUUUCAGACAGGUAGACCAAGGAGCUGGUGUUACUGAAGGACAUGUUCAAAGCUCAAAUCCCAGUCUUGUUCCAAUAGUGCCUCCUCCACCACAAGUUUCUGCUUCUCCGGAUCUCACAUUGAAGCUUUGAGUUGACCUCAGAAGGAUACAUACACAAACAAAGGCCUCACAGAGUAAUAAAUAAGUGGCUAAGAAGUGAAUCAUCCAUUGCAUUACAAUUACAUUUCUCAACCAUUACUUUGAGGGGUUAAUUAUCAGAGUUUUAUAUAUAUGUGUAUGUACCACUUCUCUUAAAGAUGUUUUAAUAUUUGAUUCU